AUGGCGCCUUCAGCCGCCAAGCUAAAAGAAGCGCUGAUCGAGGGAACUCGGGAGGUGUACCAAGCAGAGCCCGAUGCCACGUCCGUCAACAAAGUGCGACGGCACGUUGAGGAAAAGCUAGGGCUGGAAAAUGGCUUCUUCACGAGCGAAACUUGGAAGCAGAAGAGCAAGACCAUUAUCAAGGAACAAGUCGACAAACUGCUCGAGGAAGACGCUUCCGAACCGAAGUCUGAGCCAGACACCAAAGCCGGCAUCAAGCGGCAAUCGUCCGAAGUCGAGUCUCCUGAACCCAAACGACGAAAGAAAGUAUCGGGAGGCGCGAAGAAGAAGGAAGAGUCCGAUGUUGACGAGAACCCCAAAAAAGAUUCAAAAGCCAAGGCCAAGAAGCUCGUAUCACGUCGCAAGGUCAAGGCGGACGACUCCGACGAUGAAGAUGCCAAGCUGGAAGAGAGCCCAUCGCCUCCUGGUGAAGGCGCAAGCGUCAAAAAGGGGGAGCUUUCGGAUGACGAGACCAAGCCGUCAGUGAAGGCUCAGUCCGACUCAGGAGUUGAGGAUUCAAAGGCCGAUGUCAAAGACGAGUCCAAGCCCGAGGUUAAUGAGGAGGACGAGUAUUCCGACGUCAUCGACGAACCGCCGCCCCCCAAGCGCAAGAGGGGCGAGAAGAAGGAGGCUUCAUCAAAGCGAAAGGCAUCCAAGUCAACAGCCAAAAAGGAGGCUGUCCCAGACGACCCCAAGGAAGCAGAAAUCAAGAAGCUGCAAUCACACCUCACCAAAUGCGGGGUUCGAAAACUGUGGCACAACGAGCUGAAGCAGUAUGGAGACGAUGCCAACGCAAAGAUCCGCCAUCUGAAGAAGAUGCUGGCGGACGUUGGCAUGGAUGGGCGGUUCUCCGAGGCCAAGGCCCGUGAGAUCCGGGAGAUGCGAGAGCUGCAAGCAGAUGUCGAGGCUGCUCAGGAGAUGGAUCGACUCUGGGGAACAAGCUCUGGCGGAAGGGCCAGCAGAAGCGGUACCAAGGCCGCUACGAAGCAAGCGAAGCCGGAAAGCGGAGAGAAUAACGACGACAAUGAUGAUGAUGAUGAGGAGGACGAGCCGACCUCUUUUGCUGCGAGACGCAGAAAGGCCCAUGCAGAUCUGGCCUUUUUGGGAGACGACAGCGAUUCCGACUGA